GUGAAAGCGCAUACUGGCAUAGCUUCCGUUUUUCUUUCGAUGUAAGGCGUUGCUGAGGUCGACGGUGGGUGUCAAUCUUGAGUUCCGGUGUCCGGCUCGCUCCUCAUACGUCUUUAGCGUAGAUGCCAUCACCAUCUCUUCACUGUGAGCUACGUGGUGACAUUCGCUCAUUUCAGAUAUUUUCAGCCACUCAAAGUGUCUUCGGGGGCGAACAUGUUGAAGAACCGGACAGCGAUCUUGGUUCGCCAUCUUUGCGCGAAUGCGUUGCAAAGCGCGAAGCCCAUUGACAACGCUGACCUGGAAGUCUACGACCAGCAUGCGAGUAUGGCUGUCAAAUCACACGCUUUACGUGAAUCACUAGAUUCCAGAAUUUCCACCCUUUGCUUGUUGCCAUGCGCAAUCACUGCGCAUUUGAUGGAUAUGCUAACUCAUUCUUUUGCUGAGCAUCAUUGUUGACACUACUACAGCCAGCCCCACUCAGACAUACAUUCAGAGAGCCACAAAGGAGCGCUUGAGAACAUCCCUACAAGCCCCAAGAUAGACUACUGCCUUGCGCCGCUCACAUUCAUGCUAUAUUCUACGGAGCUUCUUUGAGUCGAUGGAACGGAAACUAGCCAGCGGAUUGCCCCGCCACCAAACAGUCCAGCUUGCCCCAAUAUCCACAUCCCGACCUCUUGUACGCGAUCCUCCAGACACCCGCCGUCUACCGUUCGCUGGCCAUUCAUGCCAAUCUAUCCCUGCGCCUUUAAAAUCGAGGGACACAAUCCUACGAGAGCAGCGACUAUUGUCUCCGUUCGAACGAUCAUCCCCAUGCGAAGUACCGAUCGCGCUCGCCGCCCGUUCAAACCUGACCAUACGCCGAUGCCUACAAAGUGCCGCACGCUCCUAAGGAGAGCCUUCACAACCACUUGCACAACAAGUCCCGGGCGCGGACUGGACGACUUCGUGCGAUUGUCGCGCUUCCGCAACGACCGCGUCGCAGACCACGAGCUGCCCGCUUCCUUGGGCCUUCAGCUUUCUGAACGCUACGACACCGCCGGAAACGUCUAUUCAACGUCAGUCAGAGGCCAGCAUAUGCGCACACAAGUACUGAAAAGGCUACUAUCGAGAUUCAGGUCCUCGCAUUUCGUAUGCUCCGAGCCGCCCAUGGUCUGA